AAGCCUGGCACUCUCAGUCAUAGGGAUAUUACAUGGUAUCUUGCAUUGUUCCAGGGAGCAGCACAAAAAGAACGAAUAAGAGUUUAUACAGGAGCAGCGGCCAGAUUCUUUUUGUAGCUCCCAUCAGUUCCAGUUCCAGUCUGGUGAUCCAAGGGGUGGCAACCAUUUGGGAGUCUCUACCUUGAAAGCAAGCGAGUUGCAGAAUAUGGACUCAGAUGACCCUCUGUUACAAGAUGCUUGGUUUGAUGACAGUGAACAUGAGGAAUCCCUGAGGUCUCCAAUAUGCACUAGCUGCCAUUCAAAGUCUAGACCUUUAAAGCAUAUCAUUCCUACUUGUGGAUUUUGGAACAUAGUAGGCUGGAUUUUUACCAAUUCUUAUUGUGCAGCAUUCUUGCUGGCCUUAGGAUGCUUGGUUCCAGUGAUACUCUCCAUUGUUAUGUUCCUUUAUUAUCCUACUCUAGACAUUGAUAUUUCUUAUAAUGCAUUUGAAAUUCAAAACCACAAAUCCUCUCAGCGAUUUGAUGCACUCACUCUUGCUCUAAAGUCCCAGUUUGGAACUUGGGGGAGAAACAGAAGAGAUGUAGCAGACCUUACAUCUGAAACAUUGCAGAGAUUGAUCUUUGAACAGCUGCAGCAGCUCCACCAGAAUGCCUCUCAGCAAGGCACUACUGUGAGAGUGAAACGCAGCUCUACUAGGCACAACACAACACAAAGUAUCAAUGAUACAAAAACAGAGACAUCGGUGUGCAUUGCUGGGAAUCAGUCUCGUCACCCAAGAGGAGAUUCUAAAAGGGAUAGUGCAGUAAAUUUUGUGACUCCUAUUACCCAAAGCCGUGUCCAUUGGCGCAUUGAGCUUAUAUUUUUAGCAAGAGGAGAUUCUGAGAAUAAUAUAUUUACAAAAGAACGCCUCAUGACUAUUCACAGUAUUGAAAGGAAGAUCAUGGAUCAUCCACACUUCAGAGAAUUUUGUUGGAAACCUCAUGAGACACUAAAGGACCUUCCACUUGGAUCUUACUCAUAUUGCUCACCUCCCAGCUCUUUACUAACAUAUUUCUUCCCCACUGAAAAAGGUGGAAAAAUCUAUUACGAUGGAAUGGGUCAGGACUUGGCUGAUGUUUAUGGGUCUUUAAAACUGGCAAUGACCCAUCCUGAAUUUUAUUGGUAUGUGGAUGAAGGACUUACUACUGAAAAUCUUAAAAGCUCUCUUCUUCGCAGUGAAAUAUUGUUUGGGGCACCACUGCCUAAUUAUUAUUCAGUAGAAGAUCGAUGGGAGGAGCAACACAGGAAGUUUCAAAAUUUUGUCACUUCUUAUAUUAAUAUCUUGUCAAAAGAAUCCACAAGUAAAGUGCAGGUACUUUAUGGUGGAACAGAUCUCUUUGAUUAUGAAGUAAGAACAACUUUCAACAAUGAUAUGCUGUUAGCCUUCAUCAGCAGUAGCUGCAUUGCUGUGCUAGUUUACAUCCUUACAUCUUGUUCAGUGUUCCUAUCCUUCUUUGGGAUUGCCAGCAUUGGCCUGAGUUGCCUUGUUGCCCUGUUCCUGUAUCAUGUUGCUUUUGAGAAACAGUACCUUGGAAUUCUGAAUGGCGUGGCUGCAUUUGUCAUUGUGGGCAUUGGUGUGGAUGAUGUAUUUGUUUUUAUAAACACUUAUAGACAAGCUAACCAGUUUGAGGACCCCCAGCUUCGUAUGAUUCACACUGUGAAAACUGCUGGAAAAGCAACAUUUUUUACCUCAUUAACCACAGCAUCUGCCUAUGCUGCAAAUAUAUUUUCCCAGAUUCCUGCUGUCCAUGACUUUGGCCUUUUUAUGUCCUUGAUAGUCUCUUGUUGUUGGGUGGCAGUCCUGUUUGUAAUGCCAGCUGCUCUUGGAAUAUGGAGCAUCUACAUUUCACCCCUGGAGAGUUCAUGCCAUUCCAAUUGUAGUGAAAAAUGUCUAAGGGGUAACAGUUUGGACAUUUAUGAGGAUCUGCUAUUGGCACAGGAUCCACCGUCCAGGUCGGUUCAGAGCACAGCCCAGUACAUAGAUGAUGAUAUCCCUCUCUUAACAGUAGAAGAUGAGUCUGUGACUCUGGAAUAUGAAGAUGUUCCUUUGGUUUCUGUCCAUCCUGUGGAACAAAAGACUGGCAGAGACAGAAGAGAUCAUUUGAUAUGGUGGCUGCAAAACAUUCUGCAUCACAGUGUGCUGUGGACUACAGCUAAAGGUCGAUAUAUCACUAUUGGUUGUUUUGUAGCAGUACUUAUCUUUUCUAUCGUUUUUGCCACUCGUCUUCAUCCAGCGAGCAGGGCACCUAUUUUAUUCAGACCAGAUACUAAUAUACAAUUGCUACUGGACCUGAAAUAUAACUUAAGUGCUGAAGGAAUAUCCUGCAUUACUUGCUCAGGCUUAUUUCAGGAGAAACCACACAGCCUUCAAAACAACAUACGGACCUCAUCAGAGAAAAAAAAAAGGGGCUCAUUCUCACAGUUGAGCGCACGAGCAGCUAAUAGUGACAAUGUACAUCAGGAUUUGCAAAGAACUGUGUAUAUUACAAGAUGCAAGUUAGAAGAACGGAUUACAAUAUAUAGGCUUUCUUACAAUGCCUCUUCCAUACCACCCUGGCAGCCAGUGCUUCCUGGAGAGGAUGAUGUCUCUACAUUUCAGGUAUAUAAGGUUCCUUAUGGUAACUUCACUUGGAAGCUGACAGCUUGUAUGUCCACCUUAGGCCUGAAUAGGGGGAUGUGCCCCAAGAAAUGGAUGUUAACAUCAACUGCUUGUGACACCAAAAGAGGCUGGAAAUUUGACUUCAGUUUCUAUGCUGCAGAAAAAGAGCAGCACUAUACAAGAAAGCUCUAUUUUUCUUUAAUACAUAAAAACCCUUCUCAUGGUAAAAUAUGUUCAUCUCCAGCAAAUUGCCUUGGACCAGAUGAAGCAAACAAAGGUUAUUUUUAUGUUCCCAUUGAUAAAGGGAGUCGGGGAAAAUUAUCUCUGACCUAUGGUUUUAACCCAUGUUUAAAUACAGGCUGUGGGAAACCUGCUGUUCGUCCUCUUGUAGAUACUGGUGCUAUGGUAUUUGUAGUGUUUGGAAUUAAAGGAGUAAAUCGCACUAGAGCUCCAGAUAAUCAUGUACUAGGAGAGCUGGGCAAAGUUAUCUAUGAUGACAAAUUUGACCUCUUCAAAGAGAUAGGCCACCUCUGCCGGCUGUGUAAAGUAAUUGCAAGCAAUUUAGAGCUAGUGAAGCGUGGUGGUGCACAGUGUCUCCCAUCAGGUUAUAGCAUAUCAUCCUUUCUUCAAAUGUUACAUCCGGAAUGCAAAAACAUUCCAGAACCAAACCUUCUUCCAGGUCAGCUCUCACAUGGUGCUGUAGGAUUGAAGGAUGCAAAGGUCCAGUGGAUCUCUAUGGCCUUUGAAUCAACAACCUACAAGGGCAAAUCUUCCUUCCAGACAUACAAAGAUUACUUAAAAUGGGAGUCAUUUCUACAAGAGCAGCUUCUUCUUCUCCCUGCAGACUCUGCCUUAAAACACGGAUUUCAAACAUGCGAACACUGGAAACAGAUUUUCAUGGAGAUAGUAGGAGUACAGAGUGCCCUGAAUGGACUCAUUCUGUCCCUUCUUAUUUGUGUGGGUGCUGUAGCUAUCUUUACCACUCAUGUUUUGCUGCUGCUGCCAGUACUGCUUACUAUCUUAGGCGUUGUCUGUCUGGUAGUGGCCAUCAUGUAUUGGCUUGGGUGGGAAAUGGGUGCAGUUGAAGCAAUUUCCCUAUCUAUCCUUGUUGGCUCCUCGGUAGAUUACUGCGUCCAUUUGGUGGAAGGAUAUCUCCUAGCAGGGGAAAAACUCCCACAGCACCUGAAUGAGGAUCCACUUGCGUGCCGUCAGUGGAGAGCAUUGGAAGCAGUCCGCCAUGUUGGUGUUGCCAUUGUAUCCAGCGCACUAACAACCAUUAUAUCUACCAUCCCACUAUUCUUUUGCAUCAUAGCCCCUUUUGCCAAAUUUGGAAAGAUUGUUGCAUUGAACACAAGCAUCUCCAUUGUGUACACUUUGACAGUUAGUACAGCCCUUCUCAGCAUAAUGGGACCCUGCACCUUUGUACGGAGCCGGACUUCAUUUCUCAAAGCAACAUUAUGGGUUGUCUUUUGUGCUGCUGGAAUUUUUGCCCUUUAUGUUUUAUUGAUGAAAGCUGGGCUGAAUAUCCCUGUUAUCAGUGGGUCCCCUCAUUAGUAUAAAUGCCCUUUGUACUGUGUAUAUAUUAAGCUUUUUCUAUACAUUUUUCUGAAGGCUAAUAUUUCAGAGUGUAAACACAGACAACACUCUACUUUUUUUUUACUAAAAUGCACUUUAUUUUUCCUUGAAAUGAUGCAUAUGACAGCAGGCAAAGAGUUUCUAACUGUCUCUUUGAAAACACUAAUCAACUAAUCAUAUCUCUCAUAUUUUCAUAGUAGUUUAAUUAAAUGCACAAUAUUUGUAGCCUUAAUUAGCAUCUAUAAUGAAAAUAGAAAAUUGCAAGCACAGAUCACCUCUGUCAGUUUGUACCUGUUGCUUUUCUGACCUUACUAAAGCUAUUUACAAAUUAUAAAGGCUUGCUAAAGCUGGUAAAAUUGGAUGGUAAAAGUUAUAAUUCAUGUCAGACAAAUCUGUCUGAAUGGUCUGGUAGGAAUUCAAAGGUAUCCCCCUUUUAUCACUAAAAACUUCACUUCCAGAGAAUCAAUAAGUAAAGCCCUUUUCCCAUUUGCCCCCUUUAUCUGAAGCUAGGAAAACACUAAUUUAGCCACCCACAUAUUCAGCAAAAGUGCUUUUUUAUUCCCUGGCUAAUAAUCUCAUCAUAACAGCAUCCCAAGGGCAUUGAAGUGGUGCUUUCCAGACAGGAAUUUUUAACGACCCUGUUUACAGCUCUUUUACAGUUUAUUAUAAACACUGCUAUUAAAAGAAUAAUUUGAGUAUAGACUUAAAACAUACACGAUUAACAUAUAACAGAUUAGAUAUAACAGAUAUUAUUAAAAGAGCCAAUCCAUCACAUAUAGUUAUCCAGAUUGCUUUGCCAAAAUAUUUAAGAACGAAAACUCUAAUAAUGUAGUAAGUCUGUACUUAUUGAACUUAAUAUAGCAGCCCAGAGGUUCAGCCUUAUAAUGUAAUGAUCCAGACCAUCAAAGUUUAACAAAAGAGCAUACCAUCUUUUGAGCAUCAUUGAGUCUGAAUAUGCGCAGUGCUUAGUGUGCUCUAGGUUGCUGUUGAGAAGGUAAACAUAGGUCUUGUUUGAUUUGAUUAAGUAACUAGCAGACAACAUUUCAAAAAUAUUUUGAUAACUAUAACUUCUGAAGAGUUACAAAGUGCCAUUG